AUGUUCAAUAUGUUUAAAAAGAAAGAACAGACCUAAUAAUAAACAGCCCCUCCACCAUUACCUAUUCAAUAACAAUAAUAAAUUCAAUAAUAGCCUCCUAAUGCUCCUACUCAAUAACCAGCUACAAAAGGAUCAAUGUUUAAAGGAAGUCUUAAGGUAAAAGCACAGCCUCUUUAAACCUAAGAAAUCCAAUAAUAACAACCCUUGCCUCAAACAUAGUAAACUUAAUUAGUUUAAACUUAAUCCAAUUCAGAUAUUAUAUCCCCAGAAAGUGAUGCUUAUAAGUAAUAAUAUAAUUAAGUGGAAACACCUACUCCAUAAGAUGAAUCAAAUCUCGAGCAAAAAAUAGAAGUUAAAAUAAAUGUUGAAGAGGUCAAAAAAAAACCAACAGGCUUUGGUUUCUUAAAAAAAAAAUAACCUGAACAACCAAUUCAUACAGAUGAAUCUUUAUAAGAAUAAGUGGAAAGUUAAAUUAUUUAUGGAAUUCAAGUUAAAUAAAAUCAAGUUCAAGAAGUCAAUAAAUAAUAGGAUUACAAUCAUGAGUAGUAAUCUUAAUUAUAAAAUAACUCACCUAUUUAACUUAAAGAGUAGAGUACUUAUGAUGAUUCAAAUAAAUAACUUUAAUAAUAAAUUGAUUAUAAUGAAAAAGAAAUUGAAUAAUAAUAUUAAUUAUAAUAAUAAUAAUUAUAACAAUAAUAGUAAUACUAAUAAUAAUUAUAAUAUCAAUAAUAAAAAUAAUAUUAACAAGAAUCAAAAUUGCUUUAAUCUACUUCACCACUAAAGAAUAGUUUAAUGAAUAAAAAUUAAAUCAAUUAGAAUUAAAUUAAUUCUCAACUUGAUAAUUCUUAUGUGAAAUAACAUUAAAUGAUAAUGGAAGAGUUGGAAUACUUUUAGAGUGAAGUUAAUUAAAAGAAGGCUCAAAUUUAUAUUUCUCAAUAAGAAAUAGAAAAACGCAUUACGUCUUAUUAAUAACAAUUAUAAGAUUGUAAUAGUCAUCUUACUCAACUCUCUAUAGAAUAGUAGGUUUGUGUACAAUAGGAAUAGUUUGAAAGAGCUGAGGAAAUAGAAUAAUCUUUAAAAUAAAUUUAAGAAAGAAUUACACAAAUAGAUAAUCUAAUUAAAUAAGAAGAAUAAUAGUAUACUAAAUUGUAGGAUGAAAAAGAAAAUAUAAGAGGAGAAGAAUAUCCUUUCUAUUAAGAAACCGAAUAAAAACUUGAAGAAAUUGAACGAUUACAUAUCAAGUAUAGUGAUUAAUAUAGGUUUGAAGGGUAAAAUUAAAUUAAGAAAUUAUAGUAGCAUAUAGAAGAAGAAAAUGAGAGAGUUAAAAUCUAAUAAAUACAUACUGAAAUUGACAGUAAACAUUUAGAUGAAGAAGAAUAACAUCUAAAUUAAAUAAUGGAUAAUCAAACUAAAGAAUAUAGAAUAGAAUAAGAUUAAUUAAUUAGUAAGAAAUCAAAUUUAGAAUCCGAAAUUGCUGAAUUGUAAUAGUUAUUAAAUCAAAAAAAAAAUGAAUUAUAAAAAGUAAAUAUUGAUUUACUUUCAACGAAAGAAAAAAUCUAAUCAGUCUAAUAAAAAUUUAAUCUUCAACUUGGUAAAGUCUAAAAUAAGAGGACAAAACUUAAUGAUGAACUAAGUAGUUUAGCUACUGAAAGAGCUUAGAUUGAGACACUUGAAGGAGAUAGUCUUAGAAAAUAAAAUGAAUAUAAGAAUAAACUAUAAUUUUUAGCAUAAUAGUUAGAAGCUAUAAAAUAUAAAAGAAAUGAACUUAUUAAAAAAGCAAAUUUAGUACCUGAAUAAUGUCAAUAAGAAUUGGAUGUAACUUUUAAAUAUUAAGAGGCUAAGAAAGCUAGCCUAGAAGCAUUAAAAGAAUUAGCAUAAGUUUAAAGGUAAAUUGAUGAAUUGAAUUAUAAGAGGAAUAUGGGAUAAACAUAAUUACAUGAAAUUCUAAAUAAAAAAAGUGAGUUAUAAAAAUAAUUACCUAAAAUGAUUGAUGAUAAAGCUUUACUAGUAUAAAAUAAAAACUUUAAAGGUGCUGCUUAAAUUAAUGAAUAAAUAAAAGAAGUAUAGAGACAAAUUACUUUAUAUGAAGAGAAGAUUUCAGAAAAUUAAAAUAUAGAAACUUAAAUUAUAAAAGAUAUAGAUAAAAUAGAAGACUCUUUUUUGACUAGACAACAUCAAUAUUAACAAUUAUAAUAGAAUACAGAAAUAUGUAGAUAUUUUGUAUUAGAAUUGAAAUUACAAGAGAUUCAACAAAUAGAUUACUUUGGAUUAUCUCAAUUAACAUAAGAUGUAUUUUCAUAUAUUUAUUAAAUUUUAGAUUAAGAAUGAAUUAGGUCAAUUAUUUAAUAAAUAUUAGGAUUUGAUUUAUGCAAAUAGGAAAGUAUCUACAGAUAAUUUAGAUUAGAUUUAAGAUCAUUAAGAAGAAGUUAAUAAUUAAUUUAUUGAAAAUGAAUAAGAAUAAUCAUAAGAAUAAAAUAAUCAUGAAGAACAAAUUGAAUAAGUUAUUAACUCAAAUUAAAACGAAUAAAUAUAAGAAUAAGAAAUUGUAGUUGAAAUGAGUGAAGAAUAAAAAUAAAGUUACAUAGAAGGGCAGAAGUAUCAUUAUUAUGAACUUUAAUAAUAGAUAAAGUAAUUAGAAGAAUAAGUGUAAGAUUAUGCUUAAGUAAUUGAUUGUAUUAAUUUAAGAAAGAGCAAUAUGAGGAAGCUGAUUAAAUUCAAUAGGAAGUAGAUAGAUUGACAAGUUAAGCAAAUACAAUAUAAUUAGAACUUUAAUAGAAAUUCAAUGUUGAUAGUUUGAUGGUAGAAUAGGAAUAGAAUUGAU